AUGAAAGGGAAAAUAACUGGAAAAUUAAAAGAUAAGAACUGCACCACUGUAUUUUAUGACCUCAGAUCAAAUCACAGUGGUCAGUAUUACUUCAGGAUUGAGAGUGAAGGUGGACUGAAACAUACCUAUAUACAAGCCAGUGUUUCAAUAGAUGUGAUUGGCCCUCCUCCCAAACCCAGAGUGCAGCUGUAUGUGGAGCAGAAGGAGGUGCAGGGUCAGGAGGAGGUGUUGGAGGGGAGCUCUGUGAGUCUGCGCUGCUCUGCUGAGACUCUCUGCUCCUCUCCUCCACCAACUCUCACAUGGAGCUCCACUCCCAGAAUCCCCCUCAGUGAGAGCAGCAGACUACAGGAGCUCAUCUCUAAUCUGAACUUCUCUGCUACUCACCGUAAGCACGGAGUCACUUUCACCUGCACUAUAACCUACCAGCUACAGGACAAGACCAAAACAGCACAGGACAGCAUCACACUACAUGUUCAGUGUUUGAAUCAUUUCUCUUUGCUGAUUGGAGUUGUUGUUGUGGCUCUGGUGGUCAUGUUGUUAAGCGCCAUUACAUGCAUCUGUGUACGGCAGGUGCACAACACACAUGAGGUAUUAAGAAUGAUGUAUAAUAGAAGAGCACUGUGAAACCAGUAAGAAAAACACAUUCAGCAUAUUUGAUCUGAUGAUUUUACUGUACAUUAGCCAAUUUCUGGUACAUUUUUAAAUGUAUAUUUUUCAAGAAAAAACAUUACAAUCAUAAAUAAGGUUUAUUCACAACUGUAUGUGUUUUUGAAAAAUGUAUAGAUAAGGAUAUAAAUUAGUAUACUUUAACAGACUAUUAUGUCACAUUUUAAAAUGUAUAAGUGUUAUUGCAGUAUUGAUAAACUUUUAAUCAAAGUAGUAUUUAUUUUAAGAAACAUAAUUCAAGCAAAAUUUUCAAGCAGUUUUACAAAUAGAAGCAUGCUUGGUUUCAAAAUAUAGAUACAUUUUUCAAACUGAACUCAAUGUUUUUGACACAUGUGGUUGUCAUGUGUUACUGUGAUGAACAACGCAGUGUUUACUCUUCGACUGUACAUUUAUGUGAACUUGAGGGAAAUCAACUUCUCACACUACACACCAGUAUAAGCAGCUUGACAC